UUUUUUAAAUUCCCAGACGUCACUUUUAUCAAAGCGGAUCACUAUAAAAACAUUGCAGACAAAGUUUAAGGAUGUAAUUCAGCAUUUUUUUUCAUUAACAGCAAAAGAAAAACAUACAAUGAGUUGGUGGUGGGCAGGAGCCAUUGGUGCAGCCAAGAAGAAAAUGGAAGAACAUGAUAAACAAUCCAAGUACAAGAGUGUUGCUUUGGUCAUUGGCAUCACCGGCAUAGUCGGUAACAGUCUCGCCGAGAUUAUUCCGUUCUCCGGUAUUCCCGGCGGACCGUGGAAGGUCUACGGUGUUGCUCGUCAGCCUCGACCAGCCUCGACUAGUCAUUUGCCUAUUGAGUACAUACAAUGCGAUGUUUUAGAUGAAGAAGAAACAUAUGAUAAAUUAUCAAAGCUUAACGAUGUGACUCAUGUGUUUUAUGUUGCAUGGGAUAAGAGAUCAACUGAAGAUGAAAACUGCGUUAUCAAUGGUACUAUGUUACGGAACGUGUUGAAAGCGGUAAUCCCGAAUUCACCCAAGUUGAAACAUAUAUGCUUGCAAACCGGUCGUCGGCAUUACACCGGUCCGAUUGAUUUGUACGGAAAAUAUCAUGUUCAGCCCCAUGAUCCUCCUUUUCGCGAGGAUCUUCCGAGGCUUAAGUCGUCAAACUUUUGUUAUACGCUCGAGGAUGUUUUGUUGGAAGAAGUGAAGCAGAAGGAGAACUUGACAUGGUCUGUUCAUAGGCCGGGAUUGGUUUUUGGGUUUUCUCCGUUUAGUUCGAUGAAUAUAGUUCGGAGUUUAUGCAUUUACGCGGCGAUAUGUAAGCAUGAAGGCGAGCCGUUGAGGUUUCCGGGGAACCGACAAGCGUGGGAAGGGUAUUGGGAUGCAUCGGAUGCGGAUUUGAUUGCAGAACAUCAAAUAUGGGCAGCAAUGAGCCGGCGAGCGAAAAACGAAGCCUUUAAUUGUAGCAAUGGAGAUGUGUUUAAGUGGAAGGACUUAUGGAAAGUGUUAGCUGACCAGUUCGGUAUCGAACACUACGGAUUUCAAGAAACCGAAGAGAAGGUGCCAAGCUUGGUUGAAAUGAUGAAAGACAAAGGUCCGGUGUGGGACAACAUCGUGAGGGAGAACGGUCUUUUGCCGAUGAAAUUGAGCAAUGCCGGAGCAUGGCAGUUCGUUGAUUCGGUGCUUUCGGGGAAGUCAUUGUUGGAUAGCAUGAACAAGAGCAAAGAACAUGGAUUUGUCGGGUUCCGAAACUCGAAAACGUCGUUCAAUUCAUGGAUUAAAAAGAUGAAAACUCACAAUAUUGUUCCUUGAUUUGAUGAUUAUAAUUUGUUCAUUCUUUUUGUUGUUAAACAUACAAACAAUAUUUUUAUUUAUCAAGAAUUGAAUCAUAUUUAUUGAA